AUAAAACUAGCUAGAAAAUUCAUAAAAAAUUAUUCCAAAAUUCAUCUGAUUAUAUUGGCGGUAAUCUUCUAAGUUUGUAUGAGUAGCCACCUCUAACUCAUUCUAAUGACCCGAUUUAACUUCCUUAACCACCGCCCUAAAUCAAUUCUGCAACAUUUUCUGAAUCAUCAGCAUUUGAUACCGGCCAAAUCAAUAUGCAGUCGACUUGCUUCAAGAGCUUAUCAUCCCAUUGUGAAUACUCGUCUAGGUUUGUACGACAUUGUAUCUGCUGGAAGGAGUACGGAUUUUUCAAAUAUGAGGAUGCUAUUAUUUAGGCGUUGUAUCCAUGCUACAGGAUAUCGUAAUGCUGGCAAAAGAGAUCACUACCAACUUCUAGGUGUUUCUCAGAAUGCAAGUAAAGAUGAGAUCAAGAAGGCUUUUCAUGUCCUGGCAAAGAAGUAUCACCCGGAUGCAAAUCAAAAUAAUCCGUCAGCGAAGAGAAAAUUUCAAGAGAUAAGAGAGGCUUAUGAGGUUUUGCAAGAUUCUGAAAGGAGAGCUGAAUAUGAUGCGAUGAAGCAGCGAUCUAGGCAUACAGAAAACGCACAUUCUUCUUCCGGUGGUGCAGGUGGAUUCAAACACGCUAAUGAAAGCGCCGAAUUUUCUGAUUCUUUCCAAAGAAUAUUUUCCGAGAUUUUCGAUGAGGAAGACAAUGUUACGAAGGAUGUUCAGGUUGAGGUGUCGAUUUCCUUUUUGGAGGCUGCCCGAGGCUGCACAAAACAUUUAUCAUUUGAUGCUAACAUCCUUUGUGAUUCUUGCCAUGGAUAUGGUUACCCUGGGAAUUCCAAGGCAAAACGAUGUCCAACUUGUCAGGGAACUGGAAAAGUUUUUAUUCAUCCAUUCAUGGCGAGGUGCGGCAGUUGUAAAGGGGCAGGCUUUUUAGUUAAGGAGUACUGCAGGUCAUGUGGAGGAUCUGGGGUUACGGAGGUAGUUAAAGAGGUUAAAGUUCCCAUACCAGCAGGUGUAGACUCUGGUGAUGUCAUAACUGUUCCAGGAGCUGGCAAAGUUGGACGACGGGGUCAAACUGGCACCUUAAUUAUAAAACUGAAGGUUGCAAAAGAUCCUGUUUUUCAGAGAGAUGGUGCAGAUCUGUAUGUAGAUUUAAAUGUUGGCUUCACUCAGGCAUUAAUUGGUGGUAAGGUUGAAGUCCCGACAAUAAAUGGCAAGACGGAAAUUAAAAUACCCAAAGGGGUUCAACCUGGACAGCAAACAAUACUAAGAGGGAAAGGCUUGCCAAGGAAAGGUCUUUUUGUGGACCAUGGAGAUCAGUAUGUACGGUUCCGCAUUAAUUUCCCCACAGUAGUGAAUGACCGUCAACGUGCUAUACUAGAAGAAUUUGCGAAGGAGGAAAUUAAACAAGCACAAAACAUGUCAGCUGAUGGAAACUGGUGGCAUUGUAUGACCGAAUAUGCUAGAUCCCACAAGUUCGUGCUUUUGAUGCUGGUUAUAUUGUUCCUGUACAAAUUUUGAGCUAGAUCCUUUUCGGGCAAAUAUAUGGAACCUUCAACUGAGAGCGCCAUGACACAAAUUGCUGCCUAGAUCAUUGCAUCAUGACGUGUACAUAUAUCAAACCCUUGAAGAAAGCAUGGAGUUGCAUUAAUGUUCAUACUGAAGUUGCCAUUAAACUGUGAGUUGCCUAUUCCAUAAUUUCAUCAUAUUGAAGGAUCAUGCAUUAUUGGUGCUGGUUUGCUGGAUCACAGCUCGAAUAUAGUUCUAAGUAACAAUGCUAUAGAGGCUUGUACCCCGUGCAAUGGAAGUUGUACGUUUAUAAGACCUUAGCCCAGCAAAAGAUACUUCGAUAUUAGAAAGUUGGGUGUCGGGUUAUCCUAAUCAUGAUAUAUUCACUUUUGAUUAAGAUGGUUUAUGUUCCAGGAACAUUUUUGAGACGCUCCUCUUUCGAUUAUAUAUCAAUUUUAUCGAAGAGACUAUUUUAUGAUGACUUCA